UUUGUAUGCAAUACUGGGUAUGAGCCUAAUAUACCUAGUCAGACAGUCACUUGUGAACUGGAUAAAACAUGGUCAAAUCUUGAAAAUAUGCCAGAAGAGUGUAACCCUGUCGACUGUGGCUCGUACGGAUACGUUGAAGGCGGGUCAGUACAAUGUGAUGGUGGUACAACAUACUCACAAACAUGCAGUGUCACGUGUAGGAACGGUUACGAACUAGUGCAAGGAACCUCACACUGUCAAGCUGAUGCACAAUGGAGUCAACCACGUCUCGAGUGUUCAAGAAUCUUAUGCCGGUCUCUCGAAUUCAGUAAUCAACCUGGUAAAAUGAUGUGCGAUCCACCUGGUUUUGGACAUCCAAGCAUUUGUAGUUUCGUCUGUGAUGCCGGAUACACAUUAAAAGGAGACGAAUCAGAACUUACAUGCGAGAGUGAUGGAGAGUGGGAUGGCAUUGAACCAACAUGCAAGGAUGUUAUAUGCGACAAAUUAUCUUUCGAAGAUGGAACAGUUUCUUGUCCAGACGGGACUGGCUACGCCGCAGUAUGCAAGUUCGAGUGCAGUUUUCCUCUGAAACUUUAUGGUUCGGAUGAGACAACAUGCUUGUCAAGUGAAGAAUGGUCUCAUGGUGUACCAGAAUGCAGAGAAUUUUCUCCAAAAUGUGAUGAUGCAAUUGAGCCGCUAAGUUGUGAAGAUGAUUGUGAUGACAGUUCUGACUGUGAAGUUGAUGAGGUUUGUUGUCCAUCUUCAUGUGGGCUAACAUGCAAAAAAGUUAAGAAUGAACCAAAACCCAAGAAUCCCUUCCUAAAUGUAAACAAACAAACAUUGCUUUUACUACUGGCCGCUUCGAGUCAACGUAAGCCAGUGUCACGUCCACCAGUGCGACGCCCACCUCAGUGUCCGAGAUGCAACCGCAAUGCAUGUACAACAGGCUUGUACAGUUGUCCAACGUAUCUCAAUGCUCUAUGUGGAACGACUUGUAAUGGAUGUAGAGCCCAUUUCCUUUAUCGUAAUAAUCCUAGAGUGGAAGUAGGAAACCGAUGUCUAUGUCCACGAAAUAGUCCACCAAACCCAAGGUGUGGUGGAUAUAUGUGCAACGGAGUUAGAUGCGCAAACCUCCCACAAGCUGAGUGUCGUGUGUACGGUUGUGGACCAACAUGCUAUUUGCAGUUUUUCAAUAGAUUUGGACGAAUAGUAUCGUGUAUACAACAAGCAACUUGCCAGCCUGGAAUAAACUCAGUUGGUCUUUGUGCCAGAGCAUGCCUCAGUGCGUCUUGUCCAAAAUAUCCAGCAGCUCAUUGUCGAGUACGAUGCAAUGGAUGCCCUGCUGAAUUCUUCGAUCAAAGAACGAAUAUGCCUAUCACAAAUUGCAAUUAAAAUCAUUGGGAUUAUAUUAUUAUGUGAAUCCAUCUAUUUUGUAUAAUUAAUAAAAAUUAUUGCGACAUGAUAAAUCGGAGCUUCAUUCAUUACCUAUAGUAAUGUAAUGUCAGAAAAUACAAAUUUUUGAGCACAUUGUUUUUUUUAUUUACAUUUAAAUUGACAAAAUGCCAUCAUUUCAUAAUUUCAGCUUGUGUUAAGUUUUGAUAACGAAAAUAUUGGAAUAUUCAUAAAAUUUCUAACUCUGUUUAUUGUAAGUUUAUCAGUUCAAUUUCUAUAAGUUUUGUUUGCAUUCAAACUAAUAUUUACCGCAAAUAAGGUUAAAAAAAACUUACUCCUUUUAAGUAAUUUUUAUAUUAUGCUUUUUAGUCAAAUUUCUCUUUGCAUUUUCUCCCCUUUUGUUUAAGUUGGUUCAUCAUGCUUGGCGUAAAUUAGAAUUCAAAUGGAUAUGCAUCCCACCUUGUUUCGAUCAUUUUGUGUAUUAGGUUUUAUUAAAAAUAGUAUUCUUCAUGUUUGAAUGUGUGUGAAAUUUUGAGAGCCCAAUUUUGAAAUUUGAAACAAAUUUGCAUUGGUUUGAUAGAAAAAAUUUGAAUCUUUGUUUAGUUGCCUCAUGGGGUUUUAUCUAACUUUCUUUGAUGUUUGUACAUUUUCAUUCUUAUUUGUUGUUUUAUAUGGCCAUGACUUUAAAGCUUAAUUCUGUAUGUUUAAACCUUUUAUGGAAUGGACGGUUUCUGAUUAAUUGAGAAAAAAAUUACAA